CUUCAUGCUUACAAGUGUCCUCAUUCUUGAACCUCGCUCGAUACAAUGUCUUCAGAGUCUUGGCCGCCUCAACUCAAAGAUUGGGUUGCGAAAUGUUUGGGCCAAAUGACUGACAGUAAUAGGCAGGAAGCACAGAAUGAGUUGCGACAGGUAAUCAGUGAAGCUUACAAUGCACACACAUUGUGGACGACGGAUUGGAAUGGCGUUCAGUUACAAAGGUUCUUUAUCUCUGCUAUUUCUCUCCUUUCUUGUUGAUAUUUCAGCCCUCAUCAGUCUUCUCACAAAACUCCCUUCUACUGUGAAUCUCAAGCGCAAGUUACAUGAUAGUCCUCAAUCAAAUAAGAAGGCAAAGAAAUCAACUGUGAAACAGGUCACCUCCGGUACUGCAGCUCUCGACCUGAACGAUCAAGUCGCCCUCAAUCGAAGAGCGGAGCGGUUUCAACGAGAACAUGAAAUUGAAAGGCAACGGAAUGUUCGCACCAAUGGCCACUAUCAGUCUUCACUCAAAGUGAAUCAUCACCACGCCCAUCUCUUGAACUCUUCUCGUUCAAGCUCACCGUUUGGUGGUCUUGAUGAACCGGAGGCAGAUCCAAAUGUCAUAGACUGGGAUCGGUUUACCAUAGUGGGAACUUCCAAAGAGAUCUUCAAGGAUUACCUGCGUAUAACAACGGAACCGAAACCCGAACAAAUACGUCCGUAUCUCGUUUUACAGGAAACUCUUAUACAACUGAAGAAGCGAUGGAGAGAGAAAUGUUCUUAUUCGUGGAUAUGCAAUCAGUUGAAAAGUUUGCGCCAGGAUCUCACCGUGCAACGAAUAAAAAACGAAUUCACGGUUCAAGUCUAUGAAAUCCAUGCAAGGAUGGCCUUGGAGAGUAACGAUAUGGUUGAAUAUAACCAGUGUCAAGCUACCCUCAAAACCCUGUAUGAACUCGGAAUACCGGGCAAAGUGGAGGAAUUCACAGCUUACCGAAUUCUCAUGUUAUUGCAUGGACGCAACAGAAGUGAAUUAAAUCUCUACGUAGGUCAACUAACACCCAAACAGAAGACGGAUACUGCCGUAAAACAUGCACUUAGCGUGCAACGCUCGCUUUCCAUGGGCAACUACCAUUCUCUAUUUAUGUUAUACAUGACCGCUCCUAACAUGGGGGCAUACAUUAUGGACCAUUUUAUUGAUCGGGAACGUACGAAGGCGCUCAUGGUCAUAGUUAAAGCUUACAGGACGAUAGGCCUCACUUUCAUUCAAAACGAACUGGCCUUCGACGACCUAGAUGCGACACGCAAGUUUCUGGAAGAACAUAAAGCACCGUUCUACACGAAUCCGACAGCCCGCGACUCGGAAAAAGUAUUCGACUGUAAACCUGCGAUGACUGCCCUGGCUCAGGUGUAUGAAGAGAAAUAUCGUCGGAUUGGAAUCAAAGGCGCCAUAUAGAUAAAAUGGUGCGCCAGAAUCUGUGACCAUUCUCGUAGUAGACCCACGUCGCGUCUUCCCUUCUACUCGUUCCCCUCCCGCUUAUUUGGUUCGUUACCCCUGCUAUCACGGAUUUGGAACCUCCGCGCACGACUCGUACCUGCCCAGGAUAUAUACAUUAGGCAAUUGUAGCAACUUAUUAUUAUCUGCCAAAGAUGAUUGUUCAGCUGCUCGGGUGUAGCCUGUAGCAUUCA